AAUGCCCCCACAUCAUAUUUAGACCCUCUAUUUUCUAUUAAACAUUACAAUUAAUGUGUGUAGCGCAACAUUAGCUAAUAGUCGGACUCUACACAGUAAUAGUAUGAGACCCAGGCAAAGACGGUUUUACAUACUCAGCACAGCACAACAGCCUAAUCCUGCUUUCACUUUUUUGGGGGAAAUAAGAAGCUUUGAGUGGCUGUAAUCACCUUAUUGCCCAUUCUGUAGUUCCAAGAUGGAGCUAUUGUUCACAGAAGAAAAUCACCUCAACAGAUAAAGACACAAGUCUAGAAACUACAUAUAGUGCUAAAGGUUAAAUACUGCACGGUUUAAGCCCGGCCAGUUCCUGUGGUUGAUAAGCUUGUUGACCACUUCUCACCUGACCAAAGGAAUUCUUUUAGAUUUUAGCGCUUGAUUGUCAUGUUUGCAGUAAAAAAAAACAAAAAGCUUUGGUGCAUGUAUGAUAAACCACAGGUUGUCUGGUUUUGUGUUGACAUUAAACAUGCAUAAAAAGUCGGGUAUGUGUUUGAAGUUCGUUAUCUUUAUGUUUUAAAAGCUCGCUGUGCUUCUGUCAGAAACGUGUCAACGCUGCUGCAUCCCGUUUCUUCCCCUUUUCCUCUGAUGCUCACGUGAUACGCAGUGAAGUGACUGCUUGGUAAAUAAUUAAAGGAAAACUAUGAUAAAUAAGGCAGCUGAGGUUGGGUUACAUACGUAGGUCAGCAGGCAACUAUGGACUCAGAAACUCCAACAACCCCAAAGAUUACAUGCUCACUGCGUGUUUGUUUGGUAAUAUGCAACAAUAAAGCACAGAAGCAGCUGGCGUGAUAAGGAUCGUAUAGCAGCUCCAACUUCAUUCAAUUUUAAUGCAUGUAGACCAAACGAAUAGUUCACUCAGGGCACUAAUAUAUAUAAUGAUUAGCUUUGCAUUGAGACACGAUGGGCAUCUUUCAGUAUUUGGGUUCCAGUGAUGUGUUUUUGGUUGUGAUCAUGAACCGUUUGUCUUUGUGUUUUGAUCUUUGCUCAAAAUGACGCCACCUCCAUGCCUCUUUUUCUUUCCGACUGUGUGUUUUUUUUUGCUCGCUUAAAGAGUCGCCGAGAAAUCCAGAAUGUCAACAGCAGUCUAACUCCUUCUUUACAAGCUGCAGCUUAACCACACUUUUCCCCACUCUUCAUCUAGUUCCUUGUAACUAUUUGAAUGCUUUUGAAGUUACGGUGUAUGUAAGCAUGCUGGAGCAACAUUUUUUUGGCAAAAAAAUAAAUAAAAAAUAAAAAAAAUGCUUAAUGUUCUAAUGAUUUUUUUUAUUUUUUUUACAAAAUCUGAAUAAAUUUUUUGCUGUUCAGCUUUUAUUGCUCAUUCGCUGUCUCAUUUUUAUAUUCCAGGAAGUUCCCUCUGAAGCAGGGAGUGUCUGCAUAUAAAAUGGUCUGCAGUUCUCUGCUUCAUAGAUGCCAUGUCCUCUUCUAUGACCAUGGAAGGCCCCCGCAGUGCUUUUUCCACCUCUUCCAGCUCCACCAUGCAUUCCAGUGCUUUAGCCGGUGACCAGAACCCAGCUCGCGGCGGCAAUGUCGAUCCAGAGGACGCCAGGAGCAGCAGGGUGGUGCCGGAGGUUGGCGGAGCAGAAAGCGGCAACAGCAGCGGCGGCGGUGGCGGCAGCGGGAACGGCAGGGGCGGCGGUGAGCACGGAGGAGGAAGAGGUGUAGCGUCCCAGGAGGCCCAAGCGCACCACCAGAUGACCCCGUCGAAGCGCCGCACCAUACUGAACAUCUCUCCACCUCCGCAAGACCUGCUGGACGACAGCCGCAUGUCCUGCCAGGAUGAGGCGUCCCUGGACUCGGAGCAGAGCAACAGCAUCUGGAUGGAAGACUCUCUGUCCAACUUCAGCGUCACGAGCAGCGUCUCUUACAACGACAACACGGAAGUGCCACGAAAGUCCCGCAAGCGAACCCCUCGCCAAAGGCCCGGUCCAAAGUCUGCACGUGCCGAGGAAGCAAGCAUGGAUGUGUUCGAUGCAGACAGUGCCAAAGGUCCACACUUUGUCCUCUCGCAGCUCGGCCCUGACAGCAAGGCGGGAGCUAAAGGAAGCUCCGAUGAUCCUCAGACGACAAACCAGAAAGGAGGAACCCUCUCGAUGCAAUUCCCACAAAAGAGUGAAGGGAAGGAGCUGAAGAUCCUCGUCCAGCCUGAGACUCAGCACCGAGCUCGCUAUCUGACAGAAGGCAGCAGAGGAUCCGUGAAGGACCGCACUCAGCAGGGCUUCCCUACCGUUAAGCUGGAGGGUGUGAACGAGCCGGUGGUUUUGCAGGUGUUCGUAGGAAACGACACCGGCCGCGUGAAGCCUCACGGGUUCUACCAGGCCUGCAGGGUGACCGGUCGCAACACCACGGCCUGCAAGGAGGUCGACAUCGACGGCACAACUGUCAUCGAGGUGUCCCUGGACCCAAGCAGCAAAAUGACACUCGCGGUGGACUGCGUUGGGAUCUUGAAGCUCCGUAACGCUGAUGUCGAGGCUCGGAUCGGCGUGGCCGGUUCCAAGAAGAAGAGCACACGCGCUCGGCUGGUGUUUCGGGUCAACAUCCCCCGUCCAGACGGAUCAGCGCUCACACUACAGACUCCCUCGUUUCCAAUCCUGUGCACCCAGCCUGCAGGGGUGCCCGAAAUACUGAAGAAGUCGCUGCACAGUUGUUCAGUGAGGGGCGGAGAGGAGGUCUUCAUCAUCGGCAAGAACUUCCUCAAAGACACCAAAGUCGUCUUUCACGAGAAUGUUUCUGAUGAAAAAUCGUGGAAAGCAGAGGCUGAAAUCGACAUGGAGCUCUUCCACCAGAAUCACCUGAUAGUGAAGGUUCCUCCUUACCAGAACCAAGCCGUCACGUCUUCGGUGUGCGUGGGAAUCUACGUGGUGACCAACGCCGGGAGAUCCCACGAUGUCCAGCCGUUUACCUACACUCCAGAUCCAGAUUUGCAUUCAUUUUGUUGCUCUGUGGACAACCUUGCAGCGAAAAAUGAAGUUCCUGUGAAGAAAGAGACGCCUUCUCCGGUGAAGACUUGCUCUUUUGAUGAGCAAAUUAAAGUUCUUGAUGGUGCCUUGAUGCCUUCAAUGUUGCCUUUAGUGAAGAGAGAAGAUGUCACUCCAAUGGAGGUGACAAGCAACCUCCAAUCUUCUGGAGUAUUUAAGACUGGUGACCUGUGUCCAGCGCAGCAGAACUCAGACUUGACGGCAGGACACCUAAAUAAAAGCCGAGCAUUCUCCAGCAACCUGUCUCAACCUGCAGGCGAUCCUGAUAAAGGCCAGAGUCCUGUUUUUACCAACACCGAGCCCUUAAGCACCAUCCAGAAGCAGGACAUCAGUACCGGCAGUUCGUUCUCUGUGCCUGCAGAUCCUCUGCUUCAGCAAGGCUCACAGCAGUUUCUUCUGGAGCCCAGAGAUGGCCUGAGGCAGGAGAGGCCAGGCGGCGCUCCCGGAGCUGUGGGCAGGCUGUGUGGGGAACCUGCAUCCCAACAGCAGCAGCUGCCACUGUUCCCUCCAGACGAAGUCGCCCAGCUGGAGGAAGCUGUGAGACAACUUAAAGCCAAAGGGUUCUGUAGCUUACCGCUUCAGUCGGACAACUCUAUAACCAAACAGCAGCAGCAGCAUAUCCAGCACCAGCAACAGAUCCAGAAACAGCAAAUCCAGCAGCAACAGCAGCAACAAAUCCAGCAGCAACAGUUUCAGCAGCAGCAACAGCAGCAGGUUUUGGAGAAUUUGCAGCAGCAGCUGUUUCAGUCCCAGAUUCAGAUGCAGUGCAGCAUGUUUCAGGAUGCUUCCCAGGGCAAGAACGCAGAACAUCAGGGUUCAUCACAAGGGGUGGUUCCAAACCAGGGCUCUCUGUACCAGCCCACCCAACAGCAGCAGCAGCAGCAGCAGCAACAACAACAACAGCAACAGCAGCAACAAGCAGCGCUUUUUCAGCAGGCAAAUGACCUUCUGUCCAUUCAGACCAACUUUCUCCAGCAGUCACCCUCUCACCCCUCGCCGCCCAUGUUCCAUAAUCCCAGCUCGCUGGCGGAAACACAAGACCCCCAGGGGGCUCUCUUUCAGAAACCCUCCCAGGAGCAGGUCCAGGCAGCUCUCUUCCAAAACACCAUGACAGUACUACAGUCUCCAGAGCAACAACCCUCAACCCCUGGACUGUUCCUCCCCCAGACCCCCCUGCCCUCCCAGCUUUCAACCAGUAGCUCUCAGCAACAACAACAACAACAACAGCAGCAACAGCAGCAGCAGCAGCAGCUGGCCUUCCUCGGCGCGCUGCAAUCCUCCUCCCCUGAGCCACAAUCAGUAUUUCAGAACCAGACCCAGAUCUCCCCCAUCCAGCAGAGAAGCCCCCUGGAGCAGCAGCAGUCCUCCCAGCCCCAGCCCCACACACAGCCAGCCCAGCAGGCGUCCCUGUUUCAGACCAUCUCCCCACAUCCAUCAGCAAACACACUCUCUCCAGGCCAACAGCAGCAGCAGCAGCAGCAGGCCGGCCUACUCUUUUGCGGCAAUGCCAUGUCCACACCAGACCAGGCCUCCAGCCUCCUGUUCAACAGCCAGGGCCAGAUGCCUCCCCUGACCAGCAGCAGUUUAGUUCCCCAAGAGCCCCAAAACCCCUCUAUGCUCUUUUCCCAAGCCAGCAUGGUGACAGUGAACCAGCAGGACCGCUCUGAGCCCAUGGCCUUAGGGAACCCUACUGACCCACGACAGCAGGUCAUGUUUCAGGAGCAGCAGCCCAUGCAGCUCGGCAGCAGCACCACCAACCGGCAGGAGCAGCCCGUGGGCCUAUUUAUGCCUCAGUCCAAUAUGGCCUCUCUGCAAGGGGGACUGGCUGCUCAGGAGCUCGCACAGUCAGCCAUGUUUGCUUCUCAAAAUGGCGUGGCAAACCUCCAGACAACCACCUCGUCCCCCCCCGUCAGUUGGCCUUUCCGAGCGCAGCAUCAAGAACAUGGCCGACGUGACAGCGGCGGACGAGGAGAAACUCAGCAAAAAGUCUGUCUGCUGACUGUGGCAGUCAGUAUGCUGUGUCUGGUCAGGGCAGCCAGGCAGCAGCUGUGCCAAGCCUUUGGGGUCGGGGGACAGUGGUUAAAAUAUACACCCCCAUGUACAGCUGCAGCCCCAGCUCAAAUUUACGGAAUCCGUUGGAGAGGUGACAAAAGUGAGCAGAAGAGACGAAUGAAAGCGGAGAAAAAGGCGGCAGAAAAAGAAGCCAAACUCAAAGACCAGGUGGAGCAAAAGAAGGAAUCCAAUGACCAGGGAGCAGAAAAUGCCUCUGCAUUGGACGAGGAGACGCUUGACCCAAAUCAAUACUUCAAGAUCCGCACUCAGGCCAUCCAGGACCUGAAGGGCACAGCAGAGGACCCGUACCCACACAAGUACCAUGUGGACUUGUCGCUUACAGAGUUCAUCGAGAAAUACAACCACCUACAGCCUGGAGACCAGUUGUCAGAUGUUGUUCUCAACGUGACAGGUCGCGUCCAUGCCAAGAGGGCUUCUGGUGCCAAGUUGAUUUUCUAUGACUUGCGAGGUGAAGGUGUCAAGUUGCAGGUUAUGGCAAACUCAAGGAGCUACAAGUCUGAGGAGGACUUCACGGCCAUCAACAACAAGCUGCGGCGUGGCGACAUCAUUGGUGUCCGUGGUAACCCGGGAAAGACCAAGAAAGGAGAGUUGAGCAUCGUUCCCUCUGAGAUGUUCCUGCUGUCGCCCUGUUUGCACAUGUUGCCCCACCUCCACUUUGGCCUGAAAGACAAGGAAACGCGAUACCGCCAGCGCUACCUGGAUCUGAUUCUCAACGACUACGUGAGACAGAAGUUUAUAACUCGGUCCAAAAUCAUCACAUACCUGCGUAACUUCCUGGACCAGAUGGGAUUUUUGGAGAUUGAGACGCCAAUGAUGAACAUUAUUCCUGGCGGAGCAGUGGCCCGUCCAUUUGUCACCUACCACAACGAGCUGGACAUGAACCUGUACAUGAGGAUCGCCCCUGAGCUCUACCACAAGAUGCUUGUGGUCGGCGGGUUAGACAGAGUGUAUGAAGUCGGCCGCCAGUUCAGGAACGAGGGCAUCGAUCUCACUCACAAUCCAGAGUUCACCACCUGUGAGUUCUAUAUGGCAUAUGCCGAUUACCAUGACCUGAUGGAAAUCACAGAGAAGCUGCUCUCAGGAAUGGUGAAGCACAUUACUGGAGGAUACAAGGUGACUUAUCACCCCGACGGUCCGGAGGGACAGGCCUAUGAGAUUGACUUCACGCCACCGUUCAAAAGAGUGAGCAUGACGCACGACCUGGAGAAAAUUAUGGGAGUGAAAUUCCCUCCUUCUGACAGCUACGACAGUGCCGAGACACGUAAGUUCUUUGACGAACUGUGUGCCCAGAAAGGAGUUGAAUGUCCUCCACCCAGGACCACUGCUCGCCUCCUCGACAAGCUGGUUGGAGAUUACCUCGAGGUCACGUGUAUCAACCCAACAUUCAUCUGUGAUCACCCUCAAAUCAUGAGCCCUUUGGCAAAAUGGCACAGAUCGCAGAAAGGCCUCACGGAGCGUUUUGAGCUCUUUGUGAUGAAGAAGGAAAUCUGCAACGCGUACACCGAGUUGAAUGAUCCGAUUAGACAGAGGGAGCUUUUUGAGCAGCAAGCCAAGGCCAAGGCUGAGGGUGACGAUGAGGCCAUGUUCAUCGAUGAGACCUUCUGCACCGCCCUGGAGUACGGCCUGCCACCGACCGCCGGCUGGGGGAUGGGCAUCGACCGCCUCACCAUGUUCCUCACUGACUCCAACAACAUUAAGGAGGUGCUGCUGUUCCCAGCCAUGAAGCCUGAUGACAAGAAGACAGCAGCGCCCACAGAUGGCACCUCCGUCUAAUGGCGUGACCUCUGACCACUCCUGCCGUCGCAUCUCUGCAGGAGCCUUUACCUCACUGGUCAUCAGUCGAGUCUGCGGGUUUUGUGUUUUAUCGGUGUUGGUGUGUCAGGUGUUCGGUCAUUACUGCCAUUAAGGGAAAUCAUCUUGUUUCUGUGACGCGGCUGACGGGUGAACGGCGGUGAAUGCUUUGUUUUUUUUCCAUUUGUUUUUUCUUACCCUUUUUCGAUCAUAUUUGCUGCAUCCUCUUUAUUUCACUGUAAGGGGACAUUUUAAUCCACUUUUAUCAUCCAGACGGUGAAGGGAUGGUAUUUGAUGAUCAGGAUGUCAUUUGUUCUGCUGUUGAAUACAGACUUGGAUAAAGUACUGAUGAAUAUACUUGAAGGGAUGCUAGAUUCUAUCAACCAAAUAUGCACCAUGAAAUGACAAAGUUCAAGCCCCUCUAGUGUGUGUUCUCAGUAUGUUCAUCUGUUUUUACCAAGUCUGCAAGUAUUCCUUCUCUUAAAAUUUUACAAGAUGGAUUCCACAAAUUCAAUAUUUCUCUGCCAAGAAGUUUAAAUAAACUGCAUAUAAAUCGA